GCUGCUUUCUUUUGUACAAAACAUUAUAGGUCAAGCUGGAUCCUUCGGAGUCAGAAUUCAAUGAAGAAAUUGACGCAUAUGCUAACCUGCUAGAAGAUGAAGCAGUUGCAUUAUCGCCGGCUGCACCGGUGCGUCCUGUGCCUCUUGGGCUGGAGUUGAAGGGUGAUGGUGACAAUCCCUUGGAAUUUUGGCCAGAAGAUGAUCCUUACGAUCAAGUGAUCAGGCAGUCUGUUGCCGCUAUAUGCUCAUCUGUUGGCUUCGAUACCAUAGACGCAAAUAUGCUAGAAGUAUUGGCACAGCGUCUCAAGAACUACCUUUGCUCAAUAAGCCUCGGGGCCAAGCUCAAUUGUGAAGCAGCGGGUAGAAGUAUGGCAAUUGCAAGUGAUGUGUGGUUGGCGCUGGCUGACUUAGGACACAAACUCGAUCAGCUUCCAGCAUAUCUACGACAUCUUCGAGUUACUGGAACGAUAGCUAUAGCUCCGCCCCGUGAGCGGCAAGAGCCACCCAUACUGCCCCCUAUGCUUGUUGGGCAAUCACGACCGCAUCCGCCGUAUGUGCACGAGUUCUUUCCUGCGUUUCCUGAACCACAUACAUACAUCCACACAGAGAUCUCAGGAGAACCUGAUCUCACGUAUGAAGCCGUACGAAAAACUGCUGCACAACGACGGCGGGAGAUGGAACGUUCACUCAUCAACUACAUGAUGUGUAUGCAUGCCUAUACCACCUUGUUUCCACAGUUUGAGUCAAAAGUUCGGAAUGAAGCCAGACAGUACCUUCGCGAUCAGGAGCGGGAACGAGAGUUCAAAAAGCAACGGUCUGAAGCAAUCAAAGCUGGUAUUAUUGAAGAGAAAUACUUCGACAGAGAGGGCGCUGACAAUGAAGAGGACUCGGAUAGUGAAAGAGAUGAAAUGCUGUCCGAUGGUGAUCUCGAGGAAGUGGCUGAAACGGAAAUGAACAUGAUGCUGCAACGUAUACCUGCUACAUGUACAGUUGACAACCCCAUGCCAGAAGCACGACCAUUCAUGUCUUGUAUGCGAUCAGAUGAGAUGAAGGAGAAAGGUUGCGAUGACGAAGAUGAGGAAGAGGAGACCGAAAAGAAGGAAGGCAAUGAUGAUCCGCAUACCAACAAAGUUAGAAAUAAUCACGCCUCUGCUGCCGAAGAUGGCGACGGACAUCCACAUGCAUACGACAAUCCCUACCUUCGGAUUUCGCAAAUACAGAGAAAGGAAUUGAAGUUGUUGAGGGAAAGCUUGGAUUUACCACCUUGAAUUUAUCAUCAUUCAAUCUUAUGCUGUUUGUGUCAUUUGCGGGCUUCUGUCUUUUGUAGAUACAUUUUGGUCAGAAGAUAAUUAUAUCAGCAGUUGUUUAUGAAGUAAUGAUUAC